AUGAUGAUCUUCCAUCGCACCCGGGCAGUCGCCCUCGUGAUGGUGUGUUGUGCCGUCCUUGUGCCAGCCCGUGCAUCGACCAGUUUGGCUAAGCGUGAGGCACCGCUUCCGCCGAGUGGCAGCUAUCUGCCACCGUCGGGCGGAGCUGGUGGAUAUCCGGCUUCCCAGACUCCUUCCUCGAGCUACGGUGCGCCGACCGGCGGUGCUGGCAGCUGGAGCGGCAAUGGUAAUGGAGGCGGCCGUGGUCACUCGAACGGUGGUGGCCAGUCGUUCGGUGCUCCUUCGGCUCCUGCCCAGUCUUAUGGUGCACCCAGCUUCGGAGGUCCAUCCGCGGGUGGUUUCGGAGGACAAAGCUCACAGGGUGGAUUCGGUGGACAUGGUGGAAAUGGCAACGGAAACGGAUACUCAAGCGGACGUCCAUCAAGCCAGUACGGACCACCGCAGCAACAGCAGCAGCAGCAGCAAUCGUUCCGUCCACCUUCCACUAGCUACGGAGUUCCGGCCGCUCCUUCUCAGUCUUACGGUGCACCAUCGCAGCAGCAGGGCAACGGUGGUAAUGGAUACUCUAACGGACGUCCCUCGUCUCAAUAUGGUGCUCCUUCGCAGUCGAACGGAAACGGUUUCGGAAAUGGUCGUCCCUCGUCAAGCUAUGGUGCUCCAAGCCGUCCCUCGACACAGUACGGUGCUCCAUCAGCUGGAAACGGCAAUGGAUACGCUGGUAAUGGAAACGGACGUAGCUACAGCAAUGGAAACGGAAACGGUCACAGCAAUGGUAACGGUAACAAUGGAUACUCUCGCGGACCUUCUCGCCAACCGUCGCAGCAGUAUGGAGCUCCGUCUCAGACUCCGUCAUCGCAAUAUGGAGCCCCAGCUCAGACCCCAUCCAGCCAGUACGGAGCCCCAGCUCAGACCCCAUCCAGUCAAUAUGGUGCACCCGCUCAACAACCAUCUAGCCAGUAUGGUGCCCCAGCUCAGCAGCCGUCUAGCCAGUAUGGUGCUCCGGCUCAGGAGCCGUCUAGCCAGUACGGUGCUCCGGCUCAGACUCCCUCCUCUCAAUAUGGUGCCCCUGCUCAGACUCCAUCCAGCCAGUAUGGAGCUCCUGCUCCGUCUCGCCCAUCUCAGCAGUACGGACCUCCGGCUCAGGCCCCAUCAUCUCAGUAUGGUGCCCCAGCUCAGACUCCAUCCAGCCAAUAUGGAGCACCAGCUCAGACUCCGUCCAGCCAGUACGGAGCCCCAGCUCAGACCCCAUCUAGCCAAUAUGGAGCACCAGCUCAGACCCCAUCCAGCCAGUAUGGAGCACCUGCACCAUCGCGCCCAUCUCAGCAGUACGGACCGCCCGCCCAAGCACCGUCCCGUCCGUCGCAGCAAUACGGAGCUCCAGCCCAGGCUCCCUCUUCCCAGUACGGAGCUCCAGCUCAGACUCCCUCAUCCCAGUACGGAGCCCCAGCUCAGACUCCUUCAUCCCAGUACGGAGCCCCAGCUCAGACUCCUUCCAGCCAAUACGGAGCACCUGCUCCAUCCCGCCCAUCGCAACAGUACGGAGCUCCCGCCCAGGCACCGUCUUCUCAGUACGGAGCACCAGCUCAGACUCCAUCCAGCCAGUACGGUGCACCCGCUCAACAGCCUUCCAGCCAGUACGGUGCCCCAAGCUUCGGUUCCACCGGUGGUUCCUCUUUCGGCGGCAACGGUAACGUUGGUGGCAGCUACCAGGUAAGCUCUACGGGCAACGGCUUUUCGCAGGCUUCUUUCUCGGCCAGCAGCUUCUCGUCGAACGGACGCACGUCACAGUCGGGCGGUGGUUACAGCUCGGGUGGUCCGUCGCACUCUUCCGGUGGCUACAGUUCCGGUGGUCCGUCGCAGGUUCCCGCCACACUGCCACAGUCGUACGCAUCCAACGGAGGCUACAACUACUAA